AUGGGAGAGUCAAGACAAGAACUUAUAAACUGGCUAAACGCCUUGCUGCAACUCAACUUAACAAAGGUUGAACAAUGUGGAACUGGUGCUGCCUUCUGCCAGAUCAUGGACUCCAUCUCCGGAAAUAUCCCCAUGGCAAGGGUCAAGUUCAAUGUCAAUACAGAAUAUGCGUAUCUCCAGAAUUUUAAAAUUCUAACGAAUGCCUUCUCCUCCCAAGGAAUCGACCGCCCGGUUCCUGUCCAGAGUCUAGUCAAAUGCAAAAUGCAGGAUAACCUAGAGUUUCUACAAUGGAUGAAGAGGUACUGGGAUGCCAACUUCCCUGGUGGAGAAUAUGACGCUGUGGCACGACGGAAGGGCCAGGGCGUGGCUACUGCCCCAGUUUCCGCCCCACGUUCCACAGCGGCACCGAAAGCGCGGGGUACAACCCCUCAGGUCACCGGGCAGAGGACCAGAACACCCUUAGGCGGUGCAUCUACAAGCGCUCUUCAAGCUGAGAUAUCAACGUUGAAGGAAAGCGUUGCCGGACUCGAGCGUGAGCGUGAUUUUUACUUUAGCAAAUUGCGUGACAUAGAACUUUUGUUGCAAGAAUCCCAGGAAGACCCAGCCGAAGACAAGGGUGGUGUCAUAAAGAGGGUCCAUGAGAUCCUAUACUCAACAGAGGAUGGUUUCGAAAUACCCGAGGAAGAACAAGGCGGCCACGACGAUGAAACUUUUUAA